ACAGGGGCAGCGGCGGCGCUGGAGGAGACUGCAUGCGCUGUCCGAUCCAAGCCGGACACGUCCCUUCCCCGAGCAGCAGGGUCCCCACGAGGCGGACCCGCCACAGCACCCAGGAUGCCCAGCAGGACCAGCCGCUACGCCCGAUACAGCCCACGGCAGCGGCGCAGGCGGCUGCUAGCCGAUCGCAGCGUGCGCUUCCCCAACGACGUCCUGUUCUUAGACCACAUCCGCCAAGGGGACCUGGAGCAGGUAGGCCGCUUUAUCCGGGCUCGGAAAGUCGCCCUGGACACCAUCCACCCCUCAGGCCUGGCCGCCCUGCACGAGGCCGUGCUCUCUGGAAACCUGGAGUGUGUGAAGCUGCUGGUCAGAUACGGGGCUGACAUCCACCAGCGGGACGAGACUGGCUGGACACCCCUGCACAUCGCCUGCAGCGACGGAUACCCAGACAUAGCCAGGUACCUCAUUUCCCUGGGGGCCGACAGAGACGCAGCCAACGACAACGGAGACCUGCCCUCAGACCUCAUCGACCCAGACUUCAAAGACCUGGUGGAGCUCUUCCAAGGGACCAAGAUGGACUGAGCCCAGCCCUGCCCUCCCAGGGCUC